AUGGGGAAGGUUGACUUCAAAGCGACAGAGGGGUGGUUCUAUCGGUGGAAAAAAAGAGAAAACAUUUGUUUCCAAAAAAUGCACGGAGAACAAGGUGACGCAGAUUUUACGGGUGCACAUUUUUGGCUAGAAAAUGAAUGGCCUUCACUCAUCUCCGAAUUUUCACCCUCUGAUGUGUUUAAUGCUGAUGAGACUGGCCUGUACUUUAGAGCACUACCUGAGCAUACUUAUAUUCUUCAAAAUGACAAAGCAAAGGGAACAAAAUCUUGUAAAGAACGAAUAACGAUCUUGUGUUGUGCCAGUAUGACGGGAGAAAAAAAGAAACUGCUUGUUGUCGGGAAGAGUAAGCAACCUCGUUGUUUCAAAGGAGUUAAAGUUUUACCUGUUGAUUAUACAGCGAAUAAAAAUGCAUGGAUGACUCAAGAAAUUUUUAGUCAGUGGUUGAUCAAAUGGGAUAAUGAACUAGACAGAAAAAUUGUACUUUUAAUAGACAACUGUACAGCCCACAAUGUAAGUUUAAACUUGAAAAAUAUAAAACUGGUUUUUUUACCGGCUAAUACCACAUCACUUAUUCAGCCUUGUGAUCAAGGAAUUAUUCGUACACUUAAAGCUUACUAUAGAUUAAAAAUGAGAAAAAGGGUAAUCACUCUCAUUGAUGAAAUGUUUGAAUGUGAGUCAACUUCGACUUUAAAGGCUAAUGACCUUUCCAAGAAAAUCAACAUUCUCGAAGCCUUACACUUUGUUACACUUUGUGAAGCGUGGAAUAAUAUUAGUGACGUGACUAUUCGAAAUUGUUUUCGUCACGGAGGUUUCGUCAAAACUGAGGAAGAGGAAGAAGAAGAAGAUGACCAUAGUAAAGACCUCGCUGACAAAACAUAUGAGGAUUGGAUGGAUAUAGAUCGUGAUCUCCAAACUUCUGAAGAGUAUUCUGAGGACCAAAUUUGUCAGUCUAUAAUAAAUGAAAUCACCAAUAACAACGAUGAGGAGAACGACGAAAGCAAUGAAGAAGUCGACGUCGUAGUUAAACCACCAUCAAAUAAAGAGGUUCUGGAGGCUUUAGACGUGAUAAGGAGAGCUGUCCAUCACCGUGGUGCGGUCCCAAUUAGUUCAGAUAAUCGAGAUUCUACUGUUUUUAAUGGUGUGAAAACUGCAUAUCAACAAAAGUUGGUUAGAUUAAAAACUAGAUUAAAUCACAAAGACACAUUUUUCACUAAAUUUGAUGUUUUUCAGCUAGUGGUUCGUGGACCCUUAGGAAAUUUUACAAAUUAA